UCACUGUUGUUUUGUAGGUACAUUUUUUUGUAGUCUUAUGUUGACAUAUGUGGGUAAGCCGACGACUCGGCCAAUCGAUCUGCUCGUUCCUGCUUCUCGAAAGAAUCUCGAUUCUACCUACUGUGCAGAAAGAUUUUUCCUCUAAAAUAUCUAGUUGUCCUAAGUUGCUCCCCAAAAGCGUCCACUAUUCUUGGGAUCCCUUUCCCACUCCACAUCAUGAGCAAAGAUAACCUCAACCCCUUGCUCCUCAAUCAAGCGAAUCCGCUCAAUCGUCCGUUCAGCCUCUUUCCUAUCAGCAUGUAUACAGCACGUAUGUCCCUCCUCAUCCGUCCAAGUCCCAAUCUUCUUUUCCAUUCGGAUGAUUCUCCUGUCAUGGCAUGCAUCACCUCCAAGAUAGACACUCUCGUUAGGUCCUGUCUUGGCUAGGAGAUUGAUAUGGCCAGGAAGAUGUCCAGGCGCAUCGACGAUGUAAAGACUGCCGUCUUGGAAGAUAUCCAUUACGUUUGGAAACAUGGGAUGAAUUGUCCAGUUUUGAUGAAAGUCGGGCUGUCCGGGUGCAAGUGGCUUCCUGAAGCUUUCGCCUGAUGAGGGACUUGCGAGUUCUGUCGUCCUCGAUUCUGGUAGUAGAUCGACCUCGAAGAAAGAGUGUCCUCCUCGGAGUGAUGUGGAAGUACCUUGAAGAAGUGCUUUGGCUCCGGAUCCAAUUAUAAAUUGACUCUUGGGAAAGUCGCGAGGUUCUCCAAUAUGAUCCCAAUGUACCUGGUGGAAAAUUGUGAGCAUUUGUUCUGUAACAACCAAGGCGUGAACAAACAUGAGAUAAAAUAACAUAAUCAAUAUCAUCCGGUGUCAGAUUCCCAACAGCAAGACUUUUGACCACAUCCGGAUCCGUUCUCAUCGGUUGUCUCGUCUCUGUGUGUUUCCUAAUCGGCUCCGAGUAUCUAUUCACAUCCCGGCGCAAUCCCAAAUCAAACACAAUUCUCGUCUUCUUCCCCGUUUCGACAUCGUCAUGUUGAAUAAGAAACGCGAGUGAGGGAACAGUAUGUCUCGCCGUCUUCGAAGCAGGAUGUACGAAUUGAUAUUCCGGAAGCGAGAAAUGGCCCGCUGAGAGGGCGUGGAUUUGAACUAUUACAAUUUCCAAUGGAGGCGAGGGAGGACCGGAGUUCUUCACGAAUAUAGAGGACAUGGUGACCAGUCGUCGAUAUGUUGGGAUUCUUGCAUGAGGAUACAAGAAAGCCCCGAUUAAUUAACGUUGUGGUGUUUGACUUCAGGAACUGUUCCGCUGAAUUGGGGUAAGAAGCACUUGGAUAGACCCCCGAAGUUAGACGCCAAGCGAGUUUUAGUUUUGGGGAAGCCGCCAACUCGAUUGGUGAUCUAAGGGGAACUUCUAUCAUAUCAAUGAUCAAUUUUAAUCUGUCCAUUUGCUUGAAAAUUCCCAUUCUAUUUCCAUCUCUUUGCACAGACGUCAAGAUGGGAUCGUCAGGGAGCGAAUCCUAUGAGUCCAUUGGGUUCAUUGGGCUUGGGGCAAUGGGUUUGCCGAUGGCAAGACAUCUGGCAAACAAAUUACCACAAGACACUCUAAUAUAUGUUUUUGAUGUCGCAGACGAAGUAAUGAACACUUUCAGUGCUGAGUACCCGAAGAAGAUUGUCAAGUGUGGGAGUGCAAAAGAUGUUGCAAAGCAGACGGACGUCAUUCUAUCAAUGGUUCCAGAAGGGGCACAUGUCAGAUCAGUCUACCUGGACGACAAGAACGGAGUCUGCAGCACAGACAUCUCCAGCAAACUCCUCAUCGACUGCUCCACAAUCGACACCGCAACAAGCCUCCUGGUAAAAGACCACAUCGCGAAGAGCUUCCCCUCCGCCUCAUUCUACGACGCACCUGUCAGCGGCGGAGUAGUCGGCGCAGUCAAAGGCACGAUUGCAUUCUUUCUCGGCUGCGCGAAGACAGAUCCUAGCCUGCCACGCCUCACACAACUCCUCGAGAAGAUGGGAUCGCAGGUUAUACCAUGUGGCGGGCCAUCAUUGGGUCUUGCGGCAAAAUUGUCGAAUAAUUAUCUGUCGGGUGUGAUUGCUAUUUCGUGUUCAGAGGCUAUGGAUAUGGGUAUGAGAGCUGGGCUGGAUCCUAUCACGCUUGCUAAAGUCUUCGCGGCUGGCACGGCGCAGAAUACGAUUUGCGAUCGAUUCAACCCAGUGCCUGGUGUACAUCCUGAAGCACCGUCUACGAAUGGGUAUAAGAACGGGUUCAAGGUGCAGCUGAUGAGGAAGGAUUUUGGAUUGGCAGUGGAUAUGGCGAAGAGGGUUGGAGCGAAGAAUGUGCUGGGUCAGCUUGGGUUGGAGACUUAUACGGCGGCGAGUAAUGAUCCCAGGUGUAGAGAUUUGGAUUCUAGAGUGGUGUAUAGAUAUCUUGGGGGUAAAGAAGAUUGGAAAACAGGUGAUACUGUGGAAUAGAUACCUUCUCAGUACUUUUGGUUUACUGAAUUUACUAUUGACUUCAAGAUCGCUUAAGUUUCAGGGAUUCGCUUGUUGGGAUGGAAUUUCAGGCUUCAGGUUCAUGAUUUUGGCUACGCUAUCA